AUGAAUCCGCCACAUGAAAUGACUUGGGUGGGCUCGAGAUGGCUCGGUAGUUGGGAAGCGAACUUACUGACCGGAAGAUUCGUGUUUCGAAUCCAACCCCAGCAUCUCCACCGCUCCUGUCUAGAGUCGGCCAACCUGGCAGUAUUUCAGUCACGCUGCUACCUUCGGGUGGUACCCUUUCGGCGCGGGAUACUGCCAGAUUGCCCAAGCCUAGACACAGGAAAUCGAGAGGCAGAGGUCGGAUUCGAACCACGGACCGUCCGGAAGCACGAGGGCUGGGAUACUGUCAGGUUGUCCACGCCUAGACAGGGGGGUCGAGAGGCAGAGGUCGGGUUCAAACCACGGACCUUCCGGUCAGUAAAUCCGCGCUCUAGCCACUUUAGCCAUCUCGCCUUCCAGGAUGGGGUCCCCGCCUGUGCUUGGUUGGAGACGUUUGGAAAACCUGGCAGUAUGUUAACCCUUAUCGUUCCUUCGGGUAGCGUGGCAGCUAGGCAGAAAUGGGUGUUACAGCUGAAUCGUUUUCUCUGUUGUAUUGAUCAUGAGUUUACUCUCCGGUUGGAAGUAGACGCGGGGACACACACAAACACAUUAGACUCUACAAACAGUGCAAGACCAAAGAAAGCCCGCUUCAUUAACCGGCGUGGUUCACCGAAGAAAAGGCUCAGUGACAGAGGAAGUAACUGUGUUGGAGCCGAACUAGAACUUCGGCAGUGUCUGAAAUCGCUAGACUGCGAUCCCGUUAAUGAGAGAAUGAUAGCCCACGGGAUUGAGUGGCACUUCAACCCCCUAUAUAGCAGGCACCGCGGAGGACAAUGGGAGCGCCAGAUACCAUCUAUCCGCCGAGUACUGAGUGUGGUCUCCCGCGAACAGGUGUUGACCGACGAAUCUUUAUCUGCCCUCCUAACGGAGGUGGAGCGUAUUUUAAAUAACCAUCCACUUGUACCUGUCUACGGUGAUCCAGACUCGGACGUGCUUACUCCAAGUCACUUGUUAUUGUUGCGGGGACAGAUCGAAUUGUCAGAUGAUAUGAUCAGUAUACGCGACACAUAUACCCGCUGUAGCACCACUUCGGUGCCUAGCUGGCACGCUACUCGAAGGAAGCAUGAGGGCUCAGAUACUUUAGAGUUGCCCACACAUAGACGGUGUAGUGGACAUGCCGAGGUUGCAUUCCAAACAUGA